ACGGAUUCGACCUUGACCGCGCGUGUGCAUUGGUGCAUGUAGUUAUUUAGACGCGCCGUCGGUGGUUGUUACCUUGUACAGUUUGUGUUUGCUCCUCAUUAAUUAUGGACGCUAUAAAAGUAGUUUGCAUUGUUUGCGCUCUUGUUGGAGCUUUAGCAGUCGUGUCCGAGGCAAUAAAAUGCUACGACUGUAAUUCAAUAAUGACGACAAACUGCAAAGAUGAAUUUAAGAAAGAAAACAUCCCGGUUAAAGAAAACUGCAGUGCAUGCAUGAAAACCAAAGGAAAGAAGGACGGGAACCAGUUCGUUUUGAGGUCAUGCAGUCCGCUUAAAGGCGGGAAGAACGAAUGCAAUGAAGUAAAGAAAGAUGGCGCCGAGGUAAACGUCUGCUUCUGUGACAAGGACAUUUGUAAUGGAACACCGCGCGUGACCGUCACGAUCUUCACCUUGGUAACAGCCGUGCUAGUAGCUUUCAAACUCAUGUGAGGAUUAUAUGAUGGAAUAAUAUACAUUUGCAAUAUACACGUUAAGUCGUUCAUAGCGACAUUGUGCUUUUCUUAUAUUCUUUGCGUACCAGUAUAAUACAUUUUGUUAAAUUGGAUUUUUAUACAGAAAGAUAAUUGAAAAUAAAUAUGAAAUAAUGACUUUUCGCCAUUUCAAAUUCAAUAUAUCUGGUAUAUUCAUUGAUUGUAUAUUGCUGAUAACUGAUAACUACGUUGAAGUAACAAUUAAAUUUGCAGUAUGGAGCUUUACAUGUUGUGUGCCAUUUACAUUUUUGAAAUAAAAAAAAAGUAUAACCAAGA